CUUCUUAGUAGUCUCCUUUUAAAUGGCCGCGUCCAUGUGCGCAAUCGGGUGAAGAUCGAAGCAAUGGAAACUGCGCUCGCGAUGGAAUCUCCGGUGUUUGCUAGCACGUUCGCCGCUAUGUGAAUGCCGGCACAGAAACCGAACGUCCUAGGAAUAGUUUGGCUGUUGCAAAGAGGAAAGUUUGGUCUAAGCGAGGUGCAAAAUGCUGAGGCGAAUACCUUCUAUAUUGUACCGGGGCAUCGCGCAGCAGGCUGUAGCACCUAGACGGCUGCCGGCGUUCAGGUUACUUUCGUCGGAUGUAUCGUCGAGUGACCAGAUGAUCUCGACUACAAUCACAUCGAAGGCUCCUCUUGCACCUAGUGCACCUUCGAAAGACGCAGAUAUCCUCACGGAACAACUACAGAGGGCGAAGAACGUUGACAGACUUCUCGAUCUAGUCGGUCAGCACCACCGAGUAAUGAACAAUGCCCAAGUGCUGACGGCGUUUACGUGCCUUCACGAUGUGAUCAAGCAGCAGCCUAAACCAGCGGACUUCAAGAGCUUGACUUCUCAUCCGGGCUUCCGAGAAUUAUGCAACAGGGCGUUAAAGCGGAUGCGCUUUUACGAGACGCAAGAGGUGUUAUCGUUGCUCAAGUUCUGCACAGUUUUUCAGAUUCCUGCCAACACUGCCCUUGUCCAGGCCAUUGGCCAAAUGCUAAAGCACAGCAUCAACAGUUUGUCAUUGUCAGAGCUCAUAUUUCUCGACAUGCUCCUUCAGUGGCAGAAGUCAAGCUCUUCAAUAACCGACGCAUUGAAGAUAGCUAUUCCUCUUGUGUUCCAAGCUCAGCUUCCCAUCCAGUUGGACUUCACCAAUGUUCACGAUGUUGUACGCUGUUUCAAGUUCGCUUAUAGGAAAGAAUUGGAUCCUACCCUUGUUGAGAAAAUGGCCAUCAGCCUGCUUUCAGCGCUCCCAAAACUGGACCCAGAACAGGCAGCCACAGUUGUCAUCACUGUAGGCAUGAGCCCUUCAAUUUCCUUCACGGUACCCUCGGUCAAGGAAUUGGUGAGAGGAUGUGAACAGAUAAUGGUUGAGAAUUUAUCAUCGUACGCCCCCAAGACCAUCAGGGCUAUUCUUGCGAGCUUGAUGCGAGACUCUCGGAAAUCAUCUCUGCUGGAAGCCAUCGUUCAUCACAGCACGGAUAACCACUGGCCUUUGUCGGAGCUGAGCUUGGUGCUCGAUUGCUGCUACAGGCACGAAUAUGCCACACCGCAUUUGUCGGAGUACGUGGCAGAGCGCAUUGUCAAGGAAGAGGAAAACAUCAUCCAAGACAAAAGGGUCUCCGUGGUGUGCUUCGCAGACUUGGUGGCCGCCUGCCCGAAACACACGGAUCUGUUUCGUGAGGCCGCCCGCAUUCUGGCAUCCUGUCAGGAAAAAAUUUCCACCGUGGAGCUCCUUGCCCCGCAAGUCUUCACGAGGCUGGUGGCGAAUUUGGCGAGGCUGCACUGCUUUCCAAAGGAGUUGCUGGGGCGGGCCUUUGACGAGCAGUUCCUCAACAAGGCAAGGUUCAAGGCGUCUGGCAAGAAGUGGCCGGCAAUGCUGACCAACUUGCUCCAGUUGGAACAGUGCACUCGCAUCGACCUCAAGGAGUACCAAGGGCCAGUCUUACCCGACAGACUGCGGAGAGAAGCCAUCGAAGUAGCAGCUGAAGAGAGCAACUUGCUGGUUCCCCUAAAGAAGAGUCUUGAAGUUGCUCUCGGAGGAGCGCAGUUUGUCGCGGCAGGGCUCUGGACAAGGCAUGGCUACUUCAUUGAUUUUGCUGUGGUCAUGCGAAAAGGCGAGUAUCCCGUGGCCAUAAACACCCAACUGGCAUCAGCAUCUGAUGGUGGUUAUUCCUACAUUGAAGAUUUAAAAGUACCUGAAGAUGCCAAGGUAUUGGUGGUCCUGACUGCAGAUCACAAGAGUUAUUGGAGACACACAUCGGCCCUGAAAGGAAGUGUUUCAACCAAACUGCGGCAUCUCGUAACACUGGGCUACCACCCACUUUUGGUGAACAUUGAGCAGUGGAAGUCGUUACCUGAUUACGAGAAGAUUCCAUACGUUAUGAGAGAAGCAAAGGCGGUGCUCAGUGAAGGGGACGCUUUGUGGAGCGCUCAUGCAAGGUAGCUGUACUCGGUGAAGACAGUGUACUUGAUCUUAGGAAAUAAAGAAUGCAAACAGUUGCCGGUGAAA